AUGGGUAAGAGUAGUAAAGAUAAAAGAGACGUUUAUUACCGUAAGGCAAAAGAGUUAGGCUACAGAGCCAGAUCUGCUUUCAAAUUAUUACAAUUAAACGAACAAUUCCACUUUCUCGAUGACCCUAAUUUGAAACGUGUAGUAGAUCUAUGUGCUGCUCCCGGUUCAUGGUCCCAAGUUUUAUCCAAAACCAUGUUUAAAGGUAUUAAAGAAAGUGAAGUCACUGAGGACGAUGAACGUAAGAUCGUUGCUGUUGAUUUACAACCAAUGUCCCCCAUCGACCAUGUCACUCGUCUUCAGGCCGAUAUUACCCAUCCAAGAACAUUGAAUAAAAUUUUAGAAUUGUUUAAUAAUUCCAAAGCAGAUUUCGUUUGUAGUGAUGGUGCACCAGAUGUCACCGGGUUACAUGAUUUAGAUGAAUACGUUCAACAACAAUUAAUCAUGAGUGCAUUACAAUUGACCACAUGCAUAUUGAAAGAAGGCGGUAUCUUUGUAGCUAAAAUCUUCAGAGGUCGUGAUAUCAACCUUUUGUAUACUCAACUAGGAUACUUGUUUGAACAAGUCAUCUGUGCCAAACCAAGAUCCUCUAGAGGUACUUCGUUAGAAGCUUUUAUCGUUUGCAUCGGAUAUAUACCUCCAAAGGGAUGGCAACCUAAAUUAGACGAGAAUAUCUCAGUACAAGAAUUCUUCCAAGGUUUGAAAACAGAUUCCAAGAACCAACCUCGUGUCAUCGAACGAUAUUACGAAGAAGAAAGAAAUAUAGCAGAAUUCAUGUCAUGUGGUGGCUUGCAAAGUUUCGACUCAGAUGCCACCUACCAUUAUGACGUAGUGGCUGCCUUGAGUGACGUCUCAUUGGACCCUGUCCAAAGUCCGACCAGCCCAGCCUACAAAAAAGACUCUUGA